GUGUUUUUAAUUUUUGCGGCUUCCAUCCAAAUUAGAAAGCUAACACUUGAAAUCUGAUGUCAUAAAACUUAGGACUUUCGUUUCGAAAUUGUCAAUGAAUUGUCACAUUUUUAGUCUAUCUGUAAGAAUGCGUUUUGGUAAUAUUUUGGCAACUUCUCUAGUAAGAAAUAUGUCAGUAUUAAGAAAUUCUUACAAGAAUCCUUUAGCUCCAGAAGCAUCAAUAACUAGUGAGAAACUUCAAAUAUGGAAUAAGGAGUUCCUGAAAUGCCCGAAAAAUAUCUUGGCUCAAAAUGCCUGCACGAGAGUUGAUCCUUUCGAUCUAUGCAUUUCUCGAAAAGCAUACGAGCAAAUAAAUCAUGUUUAUACAUAUAAGGUGGAGACGGAAGGAAAGCCUCUAACGAAUCAAAAGAGCUCAGGGAGAUGUUGGCUUUUCGCAGCUUUAAAUUGCAUCCGAAUUCCAUUUAUGAAACAAUACAAUUUAGAUGAAUUUGAGUUCUCGCAAGCGUAUCUCUUCUACUGGGAUAAGAUCGAACGUUGCAAUUAUUUUCUUAACAAUGUGCGCAUGGCCGUUGCUGGAGGCGAAAAAGUGGAUGGACGGCUCAUAUCGUUUUGGUUGCAGGAUCCCAUCUGCGACGGUGGCCAAUGGGAUAUGUUAGUUAAUUUAAUCACUAAAUAUGGCUUGAUGCCGAAAAAAUGUUUCCCCGAAAGUUUUAGUUGCGAAUCGAGCCAACGAAUGAAUGCCAUCCUUAAAAGCAAACUCAGGGAAUAUGCUAAAGUCAUCACCGACUUGGUCCACGACGGUAAGCCAGAUGACGUCGUAAUUGAUAAGAUAAACGAACAAAUGGGUGAAAUCUACAAAAUUGUUGGCAUCUGCCUUGGAAUUCCGUCGUCAACAUUUACUUGGGAAUAUUACGAUAAGAGCAAAGCGUAUAAGAAAGUUGGGCCUUUAACACCACAGGAUUUCUACAACAUCCACGUAAAGCCAUAUUUUAAUGUCGAGGAUAAGGUUUGCUUGGUUAACGAUCCUCGUCCGACGAGCAAAUAUUGCCAAACUUACACCGUCGACGGUCUGGGCAACGUUGUAGGGGGCAGACGAGUCCUUUACAACAAUCAACCAGUAGAAAUAUUGAUGGAUUUAGUAGUUAAAAGCUUGAAAGGCAACGAACCCGUCUGGUUUGGCUGCGAGGUGAGCAAGCGUUUCGCUGGCAAGCAGGGCAUUGAGGACUUGGGCAUCCAUGAUUUCCGGCUAAUGUUUGACACGGAUAUUCAAAUUUCUCUGUCGAAGGCCGAUCGUUUGUUUUAUGGAGAAUCGGCAAUGACUCAUGCUAUGGUUUUUACGGCAGCUUCUGUUGAUGAUGAUGGUAAACCAACAAAAUUCCGCGUGGAAAACUCAUGGGGUGAAGAUCGUGGCGAGAAAGGAUACUUGGUGAUGACAAGCGACUGGUGCAGGGAGUUCUUAUUCGAAGUAGUCAUAGAUAAAAGCAACGUACCAAAGGAAAUUUUGGAUGUUUUCCAAAUGGAACCCAUUGUUUUACCUGCAUGGGAUCCCAUGGGCACUCUUGCCCAAGCAUAAAAUUACCAUUUUUAAAAUACUGGCUUUAUUGUGACUUUUGUUUUUUGAAUUGUGUCGUAUAUUUCUGCGGAUUGGAAUAAAAAGCUAGUUGAACCAAAGAGGA